CAUUACUCUAGAAUUGACUGCUACCCAGAAGUUAUGGGAGGGAUUGAGAAAGUAAACGAAGGUAAAUGUCUAGCUCGAGGAUGUUUAUAUGACUCGGUUGUUAUGUCAGGGGUACCACACUGUUUCUUUAAAACAAAUGAUUAUGGCUAUAUGAUAAACGGUACUAGAGAAGAUACAGAUUUAGGGUACCAAAUUCCAUUGAAAAGAUCACCACUACCAGGUCCGUUCCCUGAAGAUCUUCAACAAAUUACAUUUGAGGUUCAAGAGUUAGAUGAUCAUCUGCUUCGAGUCAAGAUAUUUGACAAAAACAAGAAACGAUUUGAAGUUCCGCUGGAAUUAACCAACCCUGGCACAAAAGCUGAAAAUCCCCGUUAUAUGGUUAAAUAUUUCAAUAAUAACACUUUUAGUUUCCAAGUCAUCAGACAUACUACAGAAACAGUAUUAUUUGAUACCAGUGUCGGUGGACUUACAUUUGCUGACAAGUUUUUACAGAUCUCUAGCAAGUUACCAUCAACAAAUAUUUAUGGAUUUGGUGAAAAUGCUAUUAAAGAUUCCUUUAGACACAAUCUUUGGUUCAAAUCAUAUCCUUUGUUCAGUCGAGAUCAACCUACAAAUGAACCUUUAAACCACUAUGGCGUCCAUCCCUUCUACACAGUUCUAGAGAAUGAUGGCAACUCUCAUGGAGUUUUAAUACUCAAUUCUAAUGCACAAGAAUAUUCUUUUACCCCAUUACCAAUGUUGACAUACCGAACUAUUGGAGGAAUAUUAGAUUUAUAUUUCUUCCUCGGUCCUGAACCAGAAAAUGUUAUUCAACAAUACACUACAAUGAUAGGGAAACCGUACAUGCCACCAUACUGGAGUUUAGGGUUCCAAUUAUCGCGAUUUGGUUAUGACAAUCUCGAAGAAAUGAAACAGGCUGUAACAAGGACACGGGAAGCAAAAAUUCCUCAUGAUGUUCAAAUGGCUGAUAUAGAUCAUAUGAAUCAGAGAAAAGACUUUACAGUGGAUGAUGUAAAUUUUGCCGGAUUAAAAGAUUAUUUUAAUGAUUUGAGAAGUGAUGGAAUGAGGACUAUCAUUAUUCUGGACCCAGCAUUACAAGCAGAAGAUACAAAUUAUGAACCGUAUGAAAGAAUUAAAGCAGUAAAUGGUUAUAUAAAAUGGCCAGUUGGUGCAUCUAUUCCCUCAGAUAUGGUAUUUCCAGAUUUUUUCAAUGAGAACACAGCACGAGUCUGGUCGGAACUGAUAGCUGAACAUACAAAUCUGGUCCCCUUUGAUGGUAUUUGGAUUGUAAGUUUAUUCCUGUUUACUUUUCGCUAA